AUUUCCAGCUCAAGGUGUGUGCAUGUGUGCUGAUUUUCCAAUGAAGUACAUCCUGGUAACUGGUGGUGUCAUCUCGGGCAUUGGCAAAGGGAUCAUUGCGAGCAGCAUUGGCACCAUCCUGAAAUCAUGUGGUCUUCGUGUCACUGCAAUCAAAAUUGAUCCUUACAUAAACAUAGAUGCUGGAACCUUUUCCCCAUAUGAACAUGGUGAAGUUUUUGUGUUGAAUGAUGGUGGAGAAGUUGACUUAGAUUUGGGAAAUUAUGAGAGAUUUUUGGACAUCAGUCUCUAUAAAGAUAACAAUAUCACCACUGGAAAGAUAUAUCAGCAUGUCAUUAAUAAAGAAAGACAUGGUGAUUAUCUGGGAAAAACCGUUCAAGUUGUUCCACACAUUACUGAUGCAGUUCAGGAGUGGGUAAUGAAUCAGGCAAAAGUUCCUGUGGAUGAUGACAAAAAAGAGCCACAAAUCUGUGUAAUUGAGCUGGGGGGAACCAUUGGAGAUAUUGAAGGAAUGCCAUUUGUUGAAGCAUUUAGACAGUUUCAGUUCAAAGCAAAAAGAGAAAAUUUCUGUAAUAUCCAUGUUAGCCUAGUACCACAGCCUAAUGCUACUGGUGAACAGAAGACAAAACCAACACAGAACAGCGUUCGAGCACUGAGGGGUCUAGGCUUGUCUCCAGAUUUGAUAGUCUGCAGAAGUGCAAAACCUAUAGAGAUGGCCGUGAAAGAGAAGAUUUCCAUGUUUUGUCAUGUGGAGCCUGAGCAGGUGAUAUUUAUUCAUGAUGUUUCUUCUACAUAUCGAGUGCCAAUCCUAUUGGAGGAGCAAGGCAUCAUUAAGUAUUUUAAACAGAGGCUAAAUUUACCUAUUGAUGACCAGCCAAGUGAUCUUCUAAUGAAAUGGAAGAAAAUGGCUUGCAGAUACGAAAGGUUGCUGAAGGUGUGUUCCAUAGCUCUCGUGGGCAAGUACACAAAGCUAAGUGACUGCUAUGCAUCUGUUUUCAAAGCUCUGGAACACUCUGCACUGGCAAUUAAUUACAAACUGGAUUUAAUGUACAUAGAUUCAAUAGAACUUGAACGUUCUAUGGAAGCAGAGAACUCAGUGAAAUAUCACCAGGCAUGGCACAAACUGUGCAAAGCAGAUGGCAUUCUGGUCCCAGGAGGUUUUGGAAUUAGGGGAACAGAAGGCAAACUCCAAGCUAUCUCCUGGGCAAGAACAAAGAAAAAACCUUUUCUUGGAGUUUGCCUGGGAAUGCAGUUAGCAGUUGUGGAAUUUGCAAGAAACUGUUUGAAUUGGGAAGAUGCAAAUUCUACAGAAUUUGACCCAGACACAAAAAACCCAGUUGUUAUUGACAUGCCAGAACACAAUCCUGGAGAUAUGGGAGGAACAAUGAGACUGGGAAAGAGAAGGACUGUUUUUAAAACUGAAAAUUCUGUUUUAAGGAAGCUUUAUGGUGAUGAAAUGUUUGUAGAGGAGCGACACAGGCAUCGCUAUGAGGUGAACCCAGAAUUGACUCACUGCUUUGAAGAGAAAGGCUUGAAAUUUGUUGGCCAUGAUACAGAAGGGAACAGGAUGGAAAUUAUUGAACUGGAGAAUCACCCAUAUUUUGUGGGAGUUCAGUUCCACCCAGAAUUUUCCUCAAGACCUAUGAAACCUUCACCUCCAUACCUUGGACUGUUGCUGGCAGCAACUGGAACACUGAAUGCAUACCUGCAGCGUGGAUGUAAAUUGUCUCCCAGAAAAAAUGACAGCUACAGUGACCUAAGUGAUGACAGCUCUCCAGAAAAAGAGUUUCCUUACUCUGACACAAGCUGAAAUGAUUGUAUGUGAGCACGGAAAUGGAUGAUGCUAUUGAGAAAACUUGGGAACAGGACAAUAUUGAAUAGAAGAAAGUAGAAGAGUAAGCUGCUUGCAGUUCUCAUACUGUUUCUUCCUCUGCUAUGUUCAAUAAUUCUCAUUACAGAUGACAGUUUCACUGUUCUGUAGCAAAAACUGUUCUGUGUAAAUGCUGCUUCAAAAGUUACCAAACAGUUGUGCACCUUAGCUGUUAAUCAUUGUUAUCUUGUCCUAUAUUUCAGAGUAAUCUCAGGUGAAUAUGUAUCAAUUCACUAGUUCACAGCUUUCUUGAUUUGAAGAAAGAUUUGACUGGUUUCAGUUUGCCUUGGAACAGGAAGAAUAAAUGCAUUAGCUCUUGGGAAUGAGGAGGGGCAUGCACUAAAGCAUUUAAGAGAAAAUUGUCUUUCUCUUGAGCAGUAGAAAACCAUUUCAGGUUUGUUUCCAAUUAAGUUUAUAUAUAUUUUUUUUUAUUACUUUUUUUGUUGUUCAAUAUGUACAAAUGAAAAAUGGUUGCUGUACCUCAGCUCUAUGUGAUUAUAGUAAUUAAUGUUGGAUACAAGUUUUUUCACUUUGCUUUUGUAAGCAAUUUGAUUUCACAUAAAUCCAUUUGCUCUAUUUCUCCUGGAAGUCUGAUAAUGCUGAACAUAAUUCUGACCUACAAAAUUACAGAAGUGAUAUUGGAAGGUGGUUUCAUAUUUGUAUUUUGUAAGAGAGAAAGUAAACACGUUCAUAUAUUUGUUGGAGAAUUUUGCUCAGACAUGGCUUGAAGGAAAAAGGCCAUGAAAAUAUACAACUGAUGGAGAAGUAGAAAAGGCAGCUGUAAGCAGCAAAUUCUCAAAGCCUGUUUCCCAGGCAUGUUUCUGUAAACAGCAAGAGUUCUCAAGCCUGUCUUCAAUAACAAGUAAAUACCUUGUCCUUGGAUAAAGUACGGGAAAGUAAAAGUAAGUUUUGAGAACCUUUCAUAUCAGGGUGAGAACACAAAUCUUGGUUUCAAUAACAAACCACAGGUAUUGAAAACAAAAGGAGGGAUUAAUGUUUAAAUCUGUGACCUAUGAUGAGCUCGGAUUUUGCAAUAUGUAUGAGCUUAAUUAACACUGUUAUAAAAUAUGCCCGGUGAAUCAAUAAACUGGAGCUCAAUGCUGAUCAAUUAAGAUGGGUCAUCUCCCUUCACUUCAAUAUAUAUUAAACUCCAGUUUUAACACUUUUGUGAAAGUUGUAGAAAAAACAGUCGUAAACCUGGGGUGUUAUCUGGGCUCCAGCUGUGCCACACUCAGUUACUUGUAGUAAAUAAGUACGAAGCAAAUUAAGUAAGGUUCACCCUUGUUUUCCUGUAUCCUGUGACCACUCCAUCAUCGUAGCACUUAUUCCCCAAUAGAAUGGAAUGAUGUGUUUUAAUUUAGAAAUCACAAGUUAUUCCACUACAUCACAGCUCAGGCAGCCCUGCAAGGCCAGGGCUGGAGCCUGAACCACUGGGACAGCAGAGGAAGGCGAGAGCUGCUGCUCUGGCUGUAAGGGGUGUAAGCAUCCUAUUAGCAUUGGGGCAUCAUCAAACCUGUCACAGAAGGUGAAUCUGAUCCAUGUAACUGAUGGGCUCCAGAUGCUUGGGGCACACUUUCUAUAAAGAAAAAUUCUGAAUUUUGAGAGUUGCAUUUCAUUUUGGUUUUGGGCAAAAUGUCUGCUUUAAUUCAUCAAAAGUCAAUAUCUGCACAAAAAUAAGAAGCACCAUGUUCCUUAUUACAGUUUUGUAAAACAGCAAGUUUGAGGGCUGUGCAUUGCUCUAGAAAAUCUCAGGUUACACAGCAAAUUUGUCUUUUCACUAAAAGAAGCUUUAAUGGUAAGGAAAGAUAAAAUGUAUUUUUAUGGCUGCACUUUCCUAAAGUAGUUUGUGAAUAUGUGCCUUAGAAAUGCUGACAGCAGAAUUGGUGUCACUCUAUGUCUUCCUCGAUGAGACACUGGCCACUGCUUUGUGAAAAGUGAAGAAUUUCCUAAGAUUGUAAUGUGCAAAUGUGUUUUCAAACAAUUUUCAAUAAAUUGUGUUAUUUGGAAGUGUU